AUGGCUUCCGACUGGCACCCGGACUCUCUGGCCCAGAACCAGCCUGCUUUGGAGAGUGUUGGAGCAGCUCAUGCGGAUCGAGCUCUCCAGAACACCUCGGGCAACAUACAGUCAUAUUCCGACAACCUUGCAGUACACCACAGCGAUGCCGCUGGCCGUGACGAGCAGUUCCAACACCUGACGUACAAAUAUCCCCAUCCGCCCCCAGCCCCGGCUCAUCCAGUUCACGCUCCCGCCAACUUCCACCAGCAGCAGGCAUUAGCGGCUCGGUUUCAAGCAAAGAAGCUUCGACGAAUGAAUUCCGUCGGUCCUGGUGCGGGUGGUGCUCGCCGGGCGAGGAGCUACCUCAAGUCUCAGAAGUACCUCGAGUAUAGGGCACGGCCUCGGCGAGACACGGGCAAAGACGGGGAGGCAGUAUGGUCAGAUGAACUCGAGGAUGCGUUUCAACAAGCCCUCGAGGCGAAUCCUCCAAUGGGACGACGCAAAUGGUCUGAGCAGGGAAGGUCGCUUGGCCGCAAUGAACUUAUUGCCGAGUACAUCUACAAUCUCACUGGAAAGAGCAGAACCAGGAAGCAAGUUUCCAGUCACCUGCAAGUACUGGAUUCGUUCCUGAAAGGUGACCCUGACUGGGAGAAACUUGUACGAGAGCAACCGUCAGAUCGCACUGGUGGUACACCACAGCCAACCGGUCCCCAGUGGAGAUCUUCGCUUCGAUCCCCUGUGCCAAGCAGUUAUCGUCCCCAAAGUCACAGCAUCUACCACGACCCCUUGCGGCCGGUGCAGCCUUACCCUGGCGAGCUCCCCCCUCCGGCACACUUCACCCUGGGCUCAAAUAUUCACGAACCAGCGAAUUCCCACACGGUCUACGGUUUCAACUUCGAAAUGUGGGUGACCGCUCCUCACCAGGCGCACCAGAUAGACAAGGCGUGGCACGAGUACACUCGCCUUCAAGGCGACCGGCACCGUCCAGGGGCUCCACCGAUGCCUCUGGAAAACCUGUCGAGCUGGCGGACCGCGUUUCCGUACUUGUCAUCGCUUAGCUCCGCUGACAGCGCCUUGGACUGUGACGUUAUCUUGCUUGAUGUCAGCCUCAAGCUUAUGGACGAUUUUCCUCCCCCUAGUUCACGGCUGGGGAUCAAUUUGAAUCUGGACUUCGGCCACCCAAUAGCGGGUGAUAUUUCGAUGAUUGGGCAGAUGGGAAACUGGGUCUGCAGCACCUAUAUCUAUGAGAACGGACAAACCGUCUUGGAGUCUCACCAUGAUCUUCCCAACCCCUCGUCAACGCAAGUGCAACCACUGUGUGAGUCGUCAUGGUGGGCGAAGCGGUUUACCCAAUUGACGCAGGAUAAACGAAUGGACGAAGAUUCGGGGCGACACCAUGCCACUGACGAGCGCACAAGACGGUAUUUCCGCUCUCUGACAGCAGUGACGGAAAUCCGGGCGACAACGCCCAACCGACGGAUGUCCAACCAGCUCCAUCCUCAAGGAGGCGAGGAAAAGAGAAUGGCCAUUGUACUUUGGAAAUUUCGGCAAACACGACCGGGCGAGGUUGGGACGACCACAUGGAAGAAGCUGGUCCCUCCGCCAGACCGCACUAUUGCAAACAGUCCAAGAGCGGCGGCGGGGAUCGAUCUGCCCCCUCUUUCUCUGGACGGGCUUUCGAUGCAUAGGCCUGCUGCUACGAAUGUCUACCAAGCCCCUGCUCCCCAGCCGCAUGACUUGCUUCACGGCAACAGCUUGCCACAGCCCCACUGGAAUAUAUACCAACCACCCCAAGAAAUCGUCGGGAAUAUGUUCAACACGACAAACUCGUUCGACUUCCUGAACCCCAUCAGCAGACCCGAGGACAGCCUUGCGGACAGACCGGCGGUGACAUCAGUCCUCGAUCCCUUCCCCGGUUUGCAACAAUCGGAGACUAGUCAGUCAGCUAGCCUCAGCAGCUCUGAUGCCCCCGUUAUGCUGAACGCUCCUGAUUACUCUCUACCUCAAUCUCACCUUACGGGAUACGGCAUGGGCCAUGAGAGCCAUUACAUCCACUCCCAACACCCUGUCAGCAACGUUCAUGAAAGCAGCAAGUACCUGAACAGCAUUCUCUCGCAGCCUAUUGAUGAUAUAGGCCAUCACCAUGCGUCGUGGGGCGCCCCAUCAACAUCGAUCCCCGGUGACGUUGGAACGAGCAGCUAUACCCACCUCCAGUUCCAGCCCUCCGACCAUGAAGUGCCGGUAUCCCGUGAAUCAUCGCACCAGGUCAACGGGCUUGAAGGUCUUGUGCCGCCGGAAUGGUUGGAGAAGAUGGUUUCUACUGACCCCGGCAUGCAUGGGGCAGGACCCGAUCAUGCCAAUUCCUCCUAUAAUGAGAACAUCGUGGAGGCGGUUUAA